AUGCCACCAAAGUUCGACCCCAAUGAGAUCAAGAUCGUCUAUUUGAGAUGUGUUGGAGGUGAAGUUGGUGCCACCUCAGCUCUCGCUCCUAAAGUCGGUCCUCUCGGUUUGUCUCCAAAGAAGAUCGGUGAAGAUAUCGCCAAGGCUACUCAAGACUGGAAGGGACUCAAAGUCACAUGCAAGCUCACCAUCCAGAACCGUGUUGCUAAGAUCGAUGUUGUUCCAUCAGCUGCUUCUUUGAUCAUCAAGGAGUUGAAGGAGCCUCCUCGUGACCGCAAGAAGGUCAAGAACAGUAUGUUAAUGUCAUUUAUGGUUUUGAGGAAGACCUUUCUGGUCGCGAGCUAAAUCUUUUUCUAGUUAUGAAAUGAAAUGGUUGUUAUACGUCUGUUAGGGUCGAGAACCACAAAGGUCUCAUCCCACAGUUCUCUUGGUGUUAACUUUAGUGUUAUAACCGGGGUUCUGCUAGUCUUAUUCCUCGCGCUGUGUUUUAUGGUAAGCAGCGUUUCCUGAUGCAAAUUCUUGUGGAAGGAUGAGAACAUGGUCAAGGUUUGGUUUUUAUUAAUUUGUUCGAUUUUUAGUUCGCCACAGUGGAGAUUUGUCGUUCGAUCAGAUCCUCAAGAUCGCUCGCACAAUGAGACCAAGGUCCAUGGCUAAGAAAUUGGAGGGUACCGUCAAGGAGAUCUUGGGUAGGUUUUCCUUUUCUAUAAAUUUGCGGAGGAUUAAAAAGAACUUUAUCUAUUCGUUUUUAUACAAUUUGUUGUUGGAAUAGGUUGUUUUUUCCAAUAGUUUCAUAUAAGACUUAAGUUUUGGACAAGCUAAUGAAUUCCUUGUAUUUUAGGCACAGCUCAAUCAGUUGGAUGCACAAUCGAUGGCAACCACCCUCAUGACGUCGUUGAACAAAUUCGCAACGGAGAGCUCGAGGUCCCAGAAGAAUAA